AUACACAUGACUAGUUCCACAGCAUAAUAUUAUUUAAAUUUGAGAAACUUGCUUACUUCAGCAUGUCGUCGCAUCCGAACAGAACAACAGUAAUGACACAGCCAAGCAUUUAACUGAGUUGGAGAAUCGCGUAAAAUAGCCCAUCAAAAUCUAGUAAAUUCAAUCGAUAUGUGAUUGACGUUAAGCAGCAACAUGCAAUGCCCAAUGCAGGCUUCCUCGAUUAUCAAACUCAACGUCGGCGGUCAUUACUUCACCACACGUCUUCAAACACUGACCAAAGAUCCAAACUCAAUGCUAGCCGGCAUGUUUUCAGAGAGAUUUGAAGAGAAAUUAGGCGAAGACGGCGCUUUCUUCAUCGACCGAGAUGGAUCUCACUUCCGAUUUAUACUCAAUUACUUGCGCACAGAGGAAUUAACUUUACCCGUGGGGGCAAAUUUUCUUCAGGAACUUAAGAAAGAAGCUGAAUUUUACCGGAUCCAAGGAUUGAUAGAUGAAAUAAAUAAGUCAGGGAGGGGCGUCGUUAAACUUAAUGUCGGUGGUCACUACUUCACAACAAGUCUUCAAACACUAACCAAAGAUCCAAAUUCGAUGCUGGGCACAAUGUUUUCUGGGAAACACGACACGAGAGCCGGGGAAGAUAGCGCUGUUUUUAUUGACCGAGAUGGAACUCACUUCCGGUUUAUACUUAAUUUUCUGCGCACUGGGAAACUAACUUUGCCGGAAGGAGCAACAGCUCUCGCUGAAUUCAAAGAAGAGGCUGAUUUUUACCAGAUUCCGGGGAUAUUAGAUGAGCUAGAUGAUACAAAGCUGAAGUCGGAGAUCCUGACAGACGAAGAACAACAAAACCUGUUGUUAAGCUGGUUGCCUCCUCACGGCGACGUGAGAAGACGUCGCCUCCGUCUUUUGUUCCGUGCUUCUCGAGACGGCUUCGCGGCAAAUACCUUUCACGACAAAUGUGAUAACAAAGGACCCACAAUCGUUCUCGUGCAGAGUGGAAAUUAUGUUUUUGGAGGAUUCACGGAGAAAUCUUGGAUGAAAAGUAAGUCAUGUGUUGAAUGUUCAAGUUUACACUUGACGUUAAAGUCGUCUCGAGACGACUUUAACGUCUUAGACAACUUUAACGUCUCUAGCAUAAAAACGGCCAUUAACAACAAACUGCUCUUGGCAUUAACCGUGCCAGAUUUUUUCGGUCACAACAAAAUUCAGAAACUUUAUUUCUUACCGAUUUUUACCGCGCUAUUAAAGUUUACUUCUUUUCGAAAAGUAAAAUUGUUAUAUCUUUUCACUUCUUGAAGAACUUUAUUAUCCUGGGCUAUUUAAUUGAAACCUUGAGUGUUUUACCUUGACAGUUCGAGCAAACUGGUGAAACUGUAGAACGACAUGCAUCAAUCCAGAACUUUUGUAAUUUCAUAUUCAGACGGGGUCAUAUAUAAUGCCGAAUCGAGCAUGAAUGUGAUCGAUUAUGCAAUCAGAACCAUGUGGUCACGCAAUAUACGGCUUCGUCGAAUUGCGUUAGCUUUUAGUUUCAGCUUCCAGCGAUCAUCAAGAGUGACUGUUGACCAAAAGAUAGUCUACGACAGGAAUAUCAAAGCACCCAGUGGCUGCGUACGAUAAUUGAGUAGAAAUCCGCCAGGCUUAAAUACAAUAGGCCAUUUUUUGUUCCCCUUGCACUGAUUCAUCUCUUUAGUUAACUUUAAUUUCUUACUCUCAUUUCCAAAAUGUAAUCGAAGGCACGGUGCUCUAUUCAGCAUUUUACAGGUCACCAUUUCAUUAACAGGUCAGCCAGGUAACACCAUCUGCACACAAGCGUUCCUGUUCAGUUUGGCCAACCCAGAUGGUCUGGAACCAACCAAACUACCACUUAAGAGUAACAGCCAUCAGUGUGCUAUUCUCUACAGCAGCGGCAACGGGCCAACAUUUGGCAACGUCGACCUCCACAUUGCAGAUAAUGCAAACACGUCUUCUUCGAGCUCUAGUAUUCUCGGCCGUGCAUACGAGAAACCACCAGCAUGGAAGAACACGUCCUUAGCAGGAGAAAGAAACUUCGUGGUAAAGGACUACGAAGUGUUUGGAUUCCAACCCUGACUCAAAACGGAUCAUACGCGGGCAAUAUCCGGGACUUUGUGUAGAUCAAGAGCUAAUGAAUCCAAUUUGUUUUCUUGGCGAAAAUUGUCAGGGAAUAAUUUGCUUAAAACGGCUUUUUUUUUAAAGGAAAAGUGCUUCAAUGUCUCUGGUCCGAGACGUGAAGUCACUCAGAAAAACUGCUUAUUCGUACUGAAUCCUGUUUAGGACAGAUUGGUGAAAAAUUAUGGCCCCGCUUACGACAGAAUGAUGCAAAAACCAACUUUGUCCCAACUCUGUAUUCUAGCAGUUGCCUCUAUACCCUCUACGAGGAUGUAACCACCGGCAGGUUUUUUUAUAUCACAAGGCCGGAUUCUUAUCUCCAACCUAUUUAUCAGGUCAGGCCGGAGAUUGCGGGUAUUCAGGUAUCGGUCUUUUUGUACAUAGUGAGAGAUUAGGAUUUCUAGUAUGUAUACACGAUUCAACAACCAGAGGCACCUUUUAACAAGUGGUGUUAAACUUUUAUCAUUUUUUUGAAAACGUAUACUGGUAUAUUGCGAGAAAGAAAUUCGCGGAAAUCAAUUGUCCACUACCCUCUCCUCCUUGGUCAGGCCUGAUUAACAGACCCAUGUUUCUACCUUGGAGCGUAUUAUUUGCAUAAAUCUCCCUAUCUGAUUUAAUACAUUUAGGAAAUCAAUAUUCUGAAUGCAAGAAUUGACUGGGGAUGAUAAAACACAAAUAAAUAGAUGAAUAAAUAAAGAUAUAUGCCUGUUGAGCGCUGACCAUGUGCAGAUGCUUAUUCGACACCAUAUCAUUUUUCCGAUCGUUAAAUUGCUAUUAAAAUGUGCCCUCAGACUGGAGUAAGAUAAUUAGAUGAGUGAUUGAGGGGCUGGGUGUGGAGAUUUUGGACCAGGCAAGAAUUUCCUUGUACACCUUUUCAGCAAUAAAAUGUAGUCUCAGUGAAAUUGACUAAUUGACUCCUACUAAUGAUUAGCAUGCAAAUUCUCCUCGCAGAUUUCGAAACAUUAUUCGGAAAAAAAGUCCAUGAAAAUAACAGACUUAUCAACCGGGGGGUUUUAUGUUGAUAUCUCCCAAAAAGUUUUCAAAGAAAUGAAUGGCAGCUAGUUGGGAGAAUUCAAGAAUAAUCACAAGUUGGGAGUCAAAAGUUUAUUGUGUGCUAUUACUUGAUAAUCCGUGUAAGUGAACUUUAAGCGAAAUUUUUGGAAACUUAGGAACCAGUUCGCUCGAUAUCAUCUCUGCUCAGUUUAACUUAUUAUUUGCAUUGCUUUUUGUAACUAAUUGGCCAGUCAGCACAUUGAUAAAUAAAGACAUCGUUGC